AUGCGACUCGGCAUCCGCGGCCAGACAAAUCCUUCGCGGCCAUUUGCGGUGCUCAUGCUAAGCAAGGAAUGGGGUUUUCCAUGGCAAGUCCACUGCGGGGCCUACGUGGCGUUUUUUUUCACGGCCGCCAUCUUAUUCUGUGUGCUGGAGGUCGACCGCGUGAACGCCGAGCGCACGGCGUUGGAAGCAGAACAACUGCGGAAGGGAUACCGAGGUUCGAUCCACUAUGCCGACUGCACGCAGCCGGAAGAUGCGCAACGGAUCCGACACGAGAUUGGAUGCAAAUCGGAUGUGGUGGACUAUGCCAUUGAUGUGCUGCUGUCUGCAGGGAUGUCCACCCCAGCUUUACGAGACAUUGCGCGAGAGGGAGUUGAUAUCCAGCGAACCGCAUAUUCAGGGGUCGCCUCCAGUGUGGUGUUGCUGUUUCCCGUGGAUUUCAUUACCUUCACCUUCGCAGUGGUGGAAACCAUCUAUCUGAGAGGCAACUUUCUCCGGAUGCUGCUGUCCAGCAUCUGCAUUCUGGAGCGCCUGAUCUUGGCCACCCUGAUCUACAGGCGCUCCAUCGACGAGCGGUGCUUUAUUCUGAAGGUCAUGGAUAAAUUCGUGGCAGCUUUGCUGAUUUCCUUCGUUGGCUUGUGCCUUAUGCCGACGGUGACCAUGCGCAAAGUCUCCAAAAUUUGGAUCAUUGGGUCCAACAUUGGCUUUGCUUUGAUGAUCGCCUUUGCUGUGUUGGGCAUACGCGGAACAGCCAAGCUUCCCAUGGGAUUGUGCUGGUUGCAGUUCUUCUUUGCCCGGGGCUUAACCUCCUGUGCCGCCUGCUGCUGCUGCAAAUCUUGCGAGGCGGAGCCGUCCUACGACCCGGAGCAUCAGAGCCUCCGGAACUGUUCCGACUCGGAGUCCGGUGCUCCGCUGGGUUUCUUCGUGAACAACACCGUCCUGGCGCUGCUGACGGAGUGCGGCAUGCCAGUGGUUGCCUACUACUACUAUAACGCCCUCUGCUUGCCCUUUGCCAUGUACAUUUUCCACUUGAACCGGCCGCAGGAGGUCAAGGCUGCAAAGGGCAAGGGCUGUGAGGUCUUCAUGAACUCCAUGUAUCAUGCGAUGGAUUGGCUUCCCUAUAUGCUGGUGUGGUUUGUCGCCAAGUUCAUUGGUAACUUUGUCCUGGAGGAUGGCUUCCCCUUGCUGUUCAACACCUUCAACACCCAGAAGGUGCCUAUCAUUGGAGCCCCCGACAGCACCGAACAUUUGAUUCCGUUCACGUUGUACACCGCCCUGCUGUGGUUCCCAGCCAUGGCCGCGGGCGAUACCAUCAGCCGUCGCGUGCCGCAAUUCCUGGACGUGACGGUCAACUGGAAGUGCUACACGUAUCUGGCCAUAUCAAUUGUCAUGUGCGUCGUGGGCGAGGCGUUGGAUUUUCUCCUACUUGCCUUGGUCACUGUGGUGGCAGCCUUCAUUGCCAAUUUCGGAAAUGGCUUCAUCUAUGGACUGUCUGCCAAGUUCAUUGAUUGGAAAAUCGCGGAAGAGCAUAGAUACACUGCCUACAACUUGUGGUGCUUUGUCGGAGACUUGGGCGGCUAUGCUGGACAGGGUGCGCUGUCAGUGUGGUUGGCCGAUCAGGUGUGCAACGGAAGACACUAUGCCUUCGUGUGCCAUCUGAAGAAACUGAAUGUUACCGUGGUGCUAUGGGCGCCGCGCGUCAAGCUAAUGCUGAUCGCUGAAUCCGUGGCCAAGUCACGCCAGGCGGCGCUGGAGCGUACGCUGCAGCGGCAGGCAGAGGAAGAAGCGGCGCAGGAGGUCCGCCGCGAGUUGGGCAUCUACCGCCAGGCUCUGAGGGCCUGCGAGCUGGGCGCGGCUUCGGGUUUGCCGCCGGGUGCGGGAGUUGUCUCUUACCAGGACUAUGCUCUGCAGCUGCUUUUGGAACUGCAAAAGGCAGAGUUGCCGAUCGAUGGUACCAUGUACCUUCACGCGGUGACCACCUGUGAAUACCAGCGGAGUUGGCUCCGAGUCAUCUCCUUGUUACGUGAGAUGAAGCAGAACGGCAUCGCAGUGGAGGGCGAAAGGAUACGCUCAGCCUAUUGGAACGGCGUCCAAGCUGCCGAUGAGGACGACAACGUGGACCAGGCCUUUGAGCUCUUUGAGCAAAUGAGAGAGAACCAGCUGACGCCGGAGCCUUUCAUGUACAUCACCAUGGUGCGCAUUUUAGAGAAGCACGGCCAGUUGGCGCGUGCCCACAGCGUGGACACAGAUUUUCGGGAGCUGCAGAUGAAGGAAUUCAGCAAGGAGCUGAUGAUUUAUCGCAAGCGCAAUGAGUGGCAGGAGGCCAUUGGGGUGCUCGACAAGAUCCGUGAGCAGAACUUGACGCCCACCCUGAAAGUCUUCAACACCGCCAUGAGCGCCUUGCAGCGCCCGGGGAAAUGGGAGUUGGUGCUUGAGCUGAUGGAGGACAUGCGUAAGGAUGGGCACGUCUUGGACGCCUGUUCCCACACCGUGGCCAUCAGCGCCAUGAUCAGCGCAGGGGAAGUCCAGCGAGCGGUGCAGCAGUUGGAGAUCAUGAAGCAGCAAAAAGUGCCACCGACCUCGCUGACCUAUGGCCGUCUGAUCUAUGCCUUGGAGGAAGCGGGUCACCCUGAGCAAGCCCUGUAUCUCUGGGAUGAGCUCAGAGAGAAGCGCAUCGAGCCUGACAGGGUGGCUUACGAAGCCGCAAUCCGCGCGUUUCGUAGCUGCGAAUUCUGGGCCGCCAUCCUGGAGCUCUUCGGAGAGAUGCAGGAGAAGGACAAAGGUCCCUCCAAGGCCUCCAGAGAAAGCGCUUCGCUGGCGGCGGAACGUCUGGGUUUGACCGAGAGCGUCAUGAAAGGUGCCGUGGCGAGCGAUGCCGGCAUGUUGGAGGCUGCUGCGACGCCAUGAAGAAGAGGUGUCCAACUUUGGCAGUGAGACGUGCAGGUGACAGUGACAACUGCAAUUGCUUUUGCACUUAAAAACACCGGGUCUUGGGUCUUGAGAGAUGUAGAAAACAUCUGAAAACCAAGAACUUCUCUGAAUAGGGUAGACCUUGUUAGGGCGGUCUUCGUCACUUUCGGCGACUCGCGG